AGAAAAUAAACAUGGCGCCACCGUAGUGUAUUCCACACUCUCAUAUCCAAAUUGACUGACACAUACUUUGACUCAUAAUCUGGCUCCUUGAUUCGUAAAGGUAGAAAUGAAUUAUUUCUGAUCAGAAAAGGUAAACUAUGACAACAUGGAAGCCUGGAAGGCAACAACCGAUGCAAAAUAUGGAGUUGGUAAGUCUUCGAUUUAUCGAUCGAUUGAUCUGAUCAAUCGCUUUCAAUUUAAUUGAUGGUUUCAUUCAGUAUUAUUAAUAUUAAGCUCUUGUUUGUAUCUUGUAGUUGUGUAUAACUUUGACGGCAAUGUGACUCACGGCUUACGCUUAACGAUCGGGGAAACUGUUCACAUUUUCGAGGAGUGUUCCGGUGAGAGCUGGCUGUAAAAUACGACUCUUACGACUCUUACAUGGUGUAAUCGGCACAAAUAUUUCCCUUGUCAAUUUCCCUUAUUGAUUCUAAAAGUUGGAUUAUUUAGUGAAUGAUUUCCGGCUAGUUGUCUGAGACUAUCCGUUUUAAAUGGCUGAAGCUAUGCUUACAAGCUUCGGUUUAAUUCUGAAUAGGUUUUUGGUUCGUUUUUGACCAACGCUUGAACCGUUGAAAUGAAAGCUUAAGCUUAUUCUAACAGUUUAAUUGAUUCAGCUUGUACACGUUUAUUAUUGUUAAUGCAUUUUUCGAUUUUUAUCAUGAAGCUUACUUAAGUUAUGGUUAGACAUAAAAAGGGGCGAAUGCAUAACUUUUUUUUUGACGAUAAUCUAGAUCAUUAACGCUGUGAUUUGUUUUGCUGUUGACGGAUUAGGUUGGUACCGAGGAUGCACUUUGCGGAACAAGUCCGUGAAGGUGAGCGUGAGCGUCACAUUUCACGGGAACUUGUAAAUUACAUUGUAAAUAAUUAAUAGAUCUAUAGUUAUUCUUUUAUAACACCUGAAAAUUCUGGCCAUUUCUACUGGUGUUUGUUUGUUGUUAUUAAUUUGCACAACAUUUGUAUCCCAAAUGAUACUUCAAACAAAUUCUACUAUUCCACUUGAUCACAAUGACAUUUUGCCAAACUUAGCAGGGUCAGCACUCAUGAAAUUGCUUUUCUUUGCCAAUUUGCAUUGGGUGCUGGCAAUUGGUAUGACUAAAACGGGUUGUCUAACAUCAAUAUUGUCUUAUAAAGUUAGUCCAUAAUUUAAUUUUGUUCUGUCUUUCUUUUAUUUUUUUUCAUUUUAUCUUAUUGAUCCUUUUUUUUUUUUCGGUUUUUAAGGGGCAAGAGCAUAAGAUAUAAGCUUACACUGGAUAUUGAAUAACAUCUUAUUAUUGUUAUCUUUCCUUCUGUAAACACAUUUAACCUUUAGUUCCAAAGGAAAAUUUCAAAAAAAAAAUUCGAUGUUCCAUGUUGAAAAAAUACUACAAAACAAAAAGCUAGUCAAAAUACCUAUCAAAAAAAGAACCAUUCAUGUUAUACAUGUAUGAUUUGGUCUAAAUAAAAACCUGGCUUAUUUACAGCUUCUGGGUUUAAUACUGUUCUCCUCAAUAUCAUCUGCUCCCAUAAUUUUGGCAUUUUAUAUUUUUACAGAGAGAAAUGUUUUGUUGCCUAUGCCAUGUUUGUAUGUUCAUUAUGAUUCAUGAAUCGCACAUAUUGUAUUUGUUGCGUUUCAAUGCUUGCCUCAGUCUUUUCAUUUUGUUUCUGGAUCCGAAAAAAAAAUGAUAAAAAGAAAGAUGGAAAAAUUGAACCAAUAAUUUAAGUGACCUCAAUAUGCUUUAUGCACAACAGCUGGGGCAAACUUAAGUUGUUUCCAAUCCUACCUUUAGGCUGGCUGUGGAAAACCUCUAUUAGGCAUCCACCAGGCUUUAGGGAAAAAUAAGUGGUAGCUCAACAGUAGGUUACCCUGUAGUAUAUAAUGAUUCACCAUCAGUUCUUGUGUGCUAGGACUGUGGUAACUGUCUACUAAAUCAGUGUCCUCCUUAUUAGGCGGUAACCGGUAAAAUUUACCGCCUGAGGCAACACUUCUUACCGCCUGCAAUCGCUGAAGGUUUGCUAAAAAUAAAUAUUGUAAGUUUAAAGAAAUACGCAAGUUGUGAUACGAUCCGAUCAAGGAAAUGAAUGAAUAUGUGGAAAAGUACUUAAGUAUACACAGCUUUUCUCUUUAUGGACCGAAAAAAAUAUUGGAAUCAACCAUUUUUCAAUUGUUUUUUAAAGAUAAAAGCGGCCGAUUUGCGUAAAAUAGGUCUUCAAAUGAGGGAAUGACAUUUCAGAGAACUUAGCACCUAAAUUUCCCUGCGAGGGCAGAGUCAUGUCCCUCACUUCACUACCCCCCCCUGCCUCCCAUUUCCCCUAGGAAAGUUUGCCUCUGGGGCAUUUUUUGCCUUACCGGCCAUGAAUGGUCCCUCACCUGCUGAGCUAAAAUUUAAGGAGAACACUGCUAAAUACAGGGUGGCAGCUUAUAUUAACAGAGAUUUGACUGAAAAUGAAGAAAUGAUCGUCGCAGUUUAGGCAAUUGUGUAGAGAAGCCUGAAAAAAAAAUUCAGGACUUCAAUGGGGUUUGAACCCGUGACCUCGCGAUUACUGUUUUACAGUCAUUAUUUUUUAUUUUAUUUUUUUAUUAUUUUGCCACACACAAUGAAUUACAAGCAGUAUUAAAAUGAUAAUAAAUAGGUUAAUUAACAUUAAAUUUAAAAUUUGUACAUUACUUGGAGGAGUGACUGUGGAGGGGAAGUCUCCGAGAAGCAAAGGUUAUGAGGAAUAGAGAUCUCCCCCCACGGGCAAAUUGAAUACUAGGCAGCAUUUUAAGAAAUAAAGAAAAAAAGUCGUUUAUUUAAGUAUAUAAAUGUGUUUAGAGGAAAAUAUAGAUAUUAGGUGUUAAGGUAUUUAGGUUGCAUUCUGUCUGACCUGAACUUGGGCUACUGUGAACUCUAAACUCAAUUUAACACUUUGCACAUCUUUCAACAAGUUGUCAAUCCUAGUGUUGAUAGAAUUCAUGUAGGCACUAAGAAACACUUUUUAAAGUUGACUCUUGCUGCUUAAGCAACUCUUUCACUAGUUUAAGGGGCAGUUGUACAUCGUCUUCCUCAAGACUACCACGUUUUGAUUCAGAGGACGUCUUUGAGCAUGUUGCCGCCAUGAUUAUGCCAUGAUUUUAAAUGAACGAUGAUCAUCGCAGUUAUAUACGCAACUUUUGCAGUUGCGAAAAGAAAGCCUGAAAAAAAUUCAGGCUUGUACGGGAUUCGAACCUUUAACCUCUGCGAUACCGGUGCAGUGCUCUUUAAUUCUUCACUCCACAGUUCACAUAUGUGAUUUUCUUGUAUUCCAAACUUCAGUCAUUAUUUUGUUUGUACACGUACAUGAUUAAAGAUAAAUUUGUUCCUUUGGACAUCUUUAGGGUAUCUUUCCAACAACUUAUGUUCAUAUCAAGCAGUGUACGGUGGAAAAUGCAGGGUAGGUACAAUUUAUACAUCUAGUAAAAUUAUUAAACUUACCACAUUUCAAUGAACUAUAUUUUAAUGAAAUGCAGUCAAACAUCCCAUAAAUGACCACCCAAAAUGCGAAGAUUUAGUGGUUGCAUAUGGAAGGUGGUUGCUAAGAGAAUCAAACCAUAGGGAGUCUUUUCUGAGAAGAGGUCCUGAUACAUCUACCUUGCAGGAGAGAAUUCAUCACCUGCAAUUUUCGAAGAUACGUAAUUAUUAUGCAUGUAGUUCCAUGUUGUCCGUGAAGGUUCUUUGUGUAGUUGGAGUGGUGUAGUUCAUUAAGCAAAUAAAGAGACCUCACCAAGGGUCAAGUGAGUCCCUUACAAGAGGUCACAGUCAAGGCUGGUCAGUGGUCGUUAAUGGAAUCUUGGGGGGUACGCUUGACCUUGCUUGACUGUAAAAACAAUGGAAAACUGUAAAACUGUCAGGCUCAGAAGUGGUUGUGGUCGCUUACACAUACAUGUGUAUGAGAGGUGCUCAUUUACAAGAGUUGGUCACACAUGGAGGCUCGUUUGUACGGUGGAGUCUUGAUAUAAUGAACCUGUACAUGACGAUGGCCUCAGUAUAACCAAUGAUUUUUUUUACCCCAUUAAUAGUAAAAUAUGUGAAAAACAACCUCGACAUAACAAAACCUUGGUAUUGCGAACAAAUUUUGCCAGUCCCUUGGCCCUUCAUUAUAUUGAGGUUCCACUGUAGUUCCAAAUCAAUUGUUUUUAAUGACUUAAAUAAUUAAAGAGGUGUCGUUUGAGUGAGUGAGUCUUUAUGUAUGCUACAAAACCUGUGAAAUCAAAAUCACUCAAAAGUAGACUUUCAACAGUAACAGUAACAAUAAACUAUUGAUUCAAACAUCCCUGGCACCUCAUGCAUGUUCAUGUAGUGGGAUCUUGUACAAUGUAAAAUACAUCCACCUUUGGGCCGUGAUAUGAUAAUCCUGGUCUUAGUUGCUAUUGGUUGGAGGUGGUUAUUAAAGGUAACUGCAAAGAUGAGUGUGGGGGAAGGUGCUCUACACAAACCACAAGAGGCAAAGUGAACACAGCAACAUGUAAUAGACCUAUUUGGCUAACUCAAUGUUGUAACCAAUUCAAAUCUCCCAGGGUUUAGAUUCUUUGUGUAUUGUAUUUGCAUUAUGAUGUGGCAUUCACAUUUACAUGAUAUGGAAAUUCCUUGAAUAAAAUGUUUUAGGUUUGAGUUGGGUACAACAUUGAGUUAGCCGGCUAAUAGGUCUAUAGCCAGAUUUCAGCUGAAAAGCUGUAAGAACCCAAGGCCCUUGCGAAGCCAUAAGUGCAACCCCAAAAAUUACAUGUACAUGGAGCUUUGUCUGUGGUAAUUUCAGAACACCAAUGGAAAGUGUUGUAUCAAAAGAAGAUGCUACCGUCAAGGAACUGACAUUGAUUCUGAGAGAAUGGCUUGUCAACUGGAAGCAACUCUACAAGGUAGUGUGUUGUUAUCACUCCUUAUAUACAUGGUAACUCUAGUGCUAUGGAUAUAGCUGGUGUUUUGUAGCCCUGGGAGGGUACUUCCUAGUGAUGGGUUACUGGAUGGGGUCGCAUUUUAAUGACUGGAUUGUUUCUAAUGGGGUUACAUUUUUUGAAAGAGGUGCUAGAAUGAGGUUUUACACAUUUUUGGGAUUUUAGGGUGGAGAACAAUAAAAACCUCUAGAAAUUUGCAAAACACAUGUGAAUUCGUAAAGUAAAGUACAUUUGCCCAAAAAAAGUGAUUAAGAUGGGGUCUAUAAUAAUUGGCCUCUAAGUAGACUAUAAUGGGGUGGGGGUCUGAGAGGCCAGUGGCACAUACCCAGCAAAAAUGGGCCAAAGUAGCCCUGCGAGGUUUAUAGAGGGCAUGCACAGGAAAAAAUAACAGAUUCCCAUUAUUAGAUAUUUUAGGGUAUUUAAAGAAUACUCUGGCAUAAAAAUCCCAGAUUUGGCAAAGUGAGACAAGUCCCAACCAGGAAUUCCCAACCAAGUUCCCUGGUUGGGACUUGUCUCACUCUUCCGAAUUUGGGAUUUUUGUGGGUAUUCUGUGAUGUCACCGAAAAAGUGAUAAAUUUUGAGUUAACAAAAAAUAUUUAGUGUAUUAUUGUCUUUAGGUGAGUGACAUUGGACUGCAAUACCUCAGGGUGUACAGUAGACAUCAAAAAUCGGAGAAUUCUCCGUUAACUACGCAAAAUUCUCUAGCAAAUUUUCAAUAGCCUAUGACUAUUUUUUAUUCAGACAAGGAGCCACUUCAAAAUAUUCUCCGGUAACGUUAUACCUUCCCUUGCCACUACUGACUGUAGAAUUCUUAGUGAAAACUUUGAUUACCUAAUUACUUUUGUUUUGGCUUACACAGAAACACGAGGUACAUCUCUUUCAAGCACUAAGACAGAUAAUGGAGGAACUGGUGAAAUUUCGACAGGAUCUUUUAUCAGGCACACUGACUCAAGUAUGCAUUACAUGUAAAAUAAAUUUUAAGACAAUUGUGCACAUAUAUGUUGCAAAUGAAUUUGUGCUCUAUCGUGGUUUAUUAGUAAUUCCAAUAAAUUCCAAUUUGGCUUUUUACUUUAUUUUUCAUUUUUCCUUUUAGAAUUUUUUCAUAAUGUUGUUCCACUUAGUAUUAACAAGAAACUCUCUCGCAUUCAUUACUCCUUUAUAGGACCAAAUGGAUGAAAUAAAGAAGCGAGCCAUCAGAAAGAUUGACUGGGGCAACAGGUGGGUGAUUUAUAACCGUUGAACAUGUUUAUACUUAAUAAUGAAGGGCUCCAUACAAAAAUAAUGUCUCUUCCCCAAAGGAGAAAAAGGGCGGGGGGGUAGGGCCAGGGGUGCUUUUGCAUGGAUCCCUUCUUUUGGGUUCAACGCAAGAGUGUAUUCUUGUAUGGCAAGGAAAAAAUGGCAAGAAUGGAACACAAACAGGAUAUUGUCAAUGCAUAAGUUUGCUGUACAGCAAAAAACCAAUUAUUAUAAGCAAUAGAGAACGUUUUCCUCGUUUGUAUAGACUGCACAGUGUAGACGUUUACCUAUGGAGAGGGGUGAAAGGGUUUGCGGUGAUGCAGUUUUGCUUGAUUUUGGUGCGGUUUUGCAGAAAUUUUUAUUUUAUUUUGUGGUAUUGCAGUUUUACAAGACCAAGCGGUUUGCUGUAUUUGGGAAUUUUGGGGUAAUUUCAGUGCCGUGUUAUUCUGUGUGGUGUUUAUACCUAACUCUGUUGGUUUUGCAGUAUUCAUACCCCCCUUGUGCCCCCCUCUCUAUGGCUCAAGAUAAUAACCAGGGCUGUCAUUUAAAUUCCACGUUACAGUCUACAUGCAAUAAGUAGGCGGGAAAUUGAACAGCGCUUCAAAUGUUUAUUUUCUUUUGUUUUGUAUGAAAGUAGGCGGGGAUCAUAUGUGCUGAGGAAAAUCCCCCUCCCCCAUCCGUUAAUAGAGCCAGCCCUGUGUAAAUUACAUGCGCAUAUUUUGUAAGCCGUAAUGUAGGCAGAACUGUAGUUGAUAUUCCCCCUGCCCAGUUAUACACUCAGAUUGCUGUUCAGUACUCCUAAUUUGCUGGGAAACUUAUAAUCCAGAUCAUUGUUUACUGAUUAUUAGUGUUGUUGUUUUUGUCAUUUUUGUAGCAAAAUGGGCCUUGACCUUAUCCCUCGUGUGGAUGGAGAAGUUGUUGAUGCUGACUCCACUAGUGUUGUAGAACUCUACAAAGUGGUAAGCCUUUACAGGUCCUUAAAAUUAAGAAGUAUAAUAUUAUAUUACUGUACAACAAGGAACUUGUGCCAGCUCUUUUGUCUGCCCAUGGUCCUUUAUCUAAACCAGGGAGCUUCUUAAUAAGCAGCGAUGUUGUUGACAGUAAUGGGGGCAGCGUGCAAAGAAAAUAGUGUCCGAUAGCCCGGGGCUAGUGGAUUUUGGUAUCGGGCUAGUGAAUUCUGUUAUUAGCUUGCCUGACGGGCAAGAGAAGUUUUUUGAGGAAUUCAAAUUACAGAAGAACUGUGAAAUUAAUCUGCUUAUCAAAGCGUUUUUGGGGCUACUUAAAAUGAUGUUUGGGCUAGUAAAUGUUAGCUUCGGCAAGCUGUAAAAAUGACUUACUUUGCACCCUGAACGAGGGUAUCAUCCUUUUCAAGAGCAUGGCAUGACAUUAUCAAGUGCAACUUUAUUUUGAGCUGUGAAAACUGUUAAACUACUGUAUAAUACUACAUAUGUAGCUUUUGUCUUGAUUGUAAUUUGUCUGGAUGUGAUUCCCUAAGAUUAAAAAGGUAGAAUUGCCUUGUAAAAACAAUGAAUGGCAUUCCAGGGGAGUACAUGACAGCUGUAGUUGGUAGCUCAGAAUUUAAAGAGAUGAAAUGAGCAUGUUAAAAUUGGAACCCAGUUCUGUUGUGCUUACUGAUACCAUUUUAGGUUCCUUGCAUAAUGGGAGGAGUUUUAAAUUUUUCUAUCAAUAGUGGAAGGUUUGUGAACAAAUAAGGAGCUUACUAAUGAAUAAAAUUUUCUAUCAACAUAAUCGAUAUUUUAUCUUGAUUCUUGUCUCAUUGUAGCAUGUGUCAAGUGCUGAAGCUAACCUCCAAGCAUCAGUAAGUUUAUUCUGUAUUACCACUCAAAACUAUUGUGUAUUUGGCUACGUUUAACUGCAGUUGAGGCUUCACUUUAAUUAAGCAGUUGAGUACCCAGUUUAGAGAGAUACCCGUAAAACCAAUGGCAUGUACAUGUAGUUUCCUCAGGCCUAGGCCAAACGUCGGAUUUUUUCAUGAGACGAACAAACUAAAUUAGAGUUUGGUUCCGUUCGUCUCAUGAAAAGUUCGACGUUUGGCCUAGGCCUCAGAAAACCUCGGACGUCCAAUAAAAGAAAUUUGGUUGCACGAAAGAUGGUUAACCUCAGGGGGUGGGUGUGGGGGCUAGCAGCGAGGUCUAUGAUCGACUUAAAUAAUUUUCUCGACGGGUAUAUAUAACUGGAACUAUAUACGGCUGUAUAUAUUAUAGUCUAGAGAAAAGUUAACUCUUUGAUGGAUUAAAAAUUCAAACAAUGGUUUAGAGCCAACCAACCCUAUUCCCAGCGUCUUUUUGGCCGCUCUACUUGAUAAUGAUGAUCCGAGAGCAUGAAGACCAUGAGUAGUUUUAGAGACUUUUGUUUAUGAUUUUGUAUGGUUUGAACAGCUUUCGAAUCAUUCAUAAAAUCGUCCCACACCUUGGCUUACCUCUUAUUAAACUUGUGUCCAACCAGCAGAAUUUUUUUUGUCAGGCAAGAGGUAACUUCAAGAAGAAGCCAUCACGUGUGAUGACUGUCAUGCACCAUGCCUUCCUUAACGUGAACAGCUUUGUCUGUAACGUUGACGAGAGGUGCCAGGUGUUUUUUUCCAUUUAUGACGCCAGAGAAGGACGCUUUAUCAGGUGCGUGAGAAUAUCUCUUGUCUUGUUGUUUGCAGGAGAUGUUAAAGCAGAUUAGAGAGCUUAGAAAACCACGAUGAAGACGGCUGCGAAAGCUUCUCUUAAGGUGAUGUUAUACGGGACGAUUCGCAACGACGAUUUUUAGCACAACAGAGUGUUAUAAUGUUGGAACAAUGUUGCAACCAUUGGAAACAAUGUCGCAACAAUGUUUUGCAACGCUGUGUUGUGCUAAAAAUUGUCGUUGCGAAUCGUCUCGUGCAACAUCAUCUUAAUAAAGGAAGUUACGUUCCUUAAAGUCCUAUCACGAUUAUUUAGUCGCGAUUAAUUUGUCCUAUUAUUCAUUCAAAAUAUUUCCCCAAUUGUGAUUGGCUAAAAGCACACGUUUAAUUCACCAUAACCAGUUAGUGAUGACCAAAUUUGGAAGAAUUUUGUGUUUGACGAGGAAAUGACGUCAAAAAUGUAGCCUUUUACAGGUUAAUGAACCGUUAACCGAGAAGACCUGGGUACGAGGUUGAGUUGUUUUGGUUGUGAAAACAAAAAUGGCCGACACUUCACUCGUUUCAAGAGUAAGAACUACAGCUGGAACUAGGCGAAGUAAUAGUUAAAAACAUAGCAAAACAGCAAGAAGACAACUUGGAGGGCGACAUGUGCUAUUUGGAGAAUAUUUGCAGAGCUGGACAAACGUAAACGUACACUAUCGAAGAUGAACUGAACGUCGAUGAAUCGAUUGGGGUAAGCAUGUUUUAGCUAUGUUUUUAAACUAGGAAUUAUUUUGAAUGAAUAAUAAAACAAUUAUUGAAUUCGGCUUUCAUAUCAUAUGAAGAAUUAUGGAGAUCUCGGAGGGUGUUAUCCGUCGAGGCCGUAGGCCUCCAUAAUUCUCCAUAAGAUACUCAGCCUCAUUCAUUAACUGUUAAAUAAGUAAGCGAAUUUUGGUGGAUGUGUUUCUUUCGGACUCCAUCCAAGUUCAAAACGAGACAGGAAAAUCUCAUCGUCGUGUAAAACAUUGCAUGAGUAAGUUUCACGUCGUAGUCGUGCAGUGAACGUCAAAGAAAUGUACCCAAAAGCGUGAAACAGCACUGCACGUGCUGUUUUGAGCUGUUGUUUUGCCGUUAGAACCAAUAGUGUUUUGACGUCAUCUCACCUUGCGGACACUCCAUUUGUAGCAGCUAAAUUCAUGAUUAUUUCGGACUUGACUGAAACAUGCUUUGGCUAUUACGGACUCUCGGCGCUGUGACGGUCACUAACUCACCAUAAGCUUCCUAAUAAUUCAUGCUUGUCUUUUUUCAGUGAAAGAUUUCUAGUCUCCAUAAGCAAGAGUGAUAGCACACAGAGUCUAAACAAGAGCGACAGUUCACAGAGAAUCAAUCUAGUCCAGAAAAUCGACAACUCAGCCUGUGUUUUCACUGUGAGUGUGGUGUAGUUUAAACCGUUUCAAAUUCUAGUUUCGCAAUCAAUACGUGAAUAUUUUAAGGAAAAUGAUUGUUUUAAAUAUUGUAUAUAUGAAAGAAAUUUUCUACCAAAUAUAUUCGAAAUUCAAAGGUUGUUGUAAGUUGCCUAAAUACUGACUUCUGAUUGGAUAAAAUUAAGUGGGAGUAACGCCAUACACGCGAGUUACGUCUUUUUCUGCAAAACAAGUUUACUUCGGGCUCAGCUUGCAAAAAGGGCAGCAUGCCUGUGUACAGAUUUUGUUGCAAAAAAUAGAACUAGCUCUCUACUUUUUGCAACAAUUUUUCGCAUCCUGCAACAACCUGAAUUGUUGCAAGACAGGUUUGAAUGUUGCUGGUAAAACGCGCAACAUCGUAGCCUGUGCCAGGCUCUCAGAUAGUAUAUAUAGUGGGGACGUAUUAAAACGAGCAGAGCGAAAUAAGACGCGCGCGACUUGGGAAAGGGUGCGGUGGCGGCGGGAAAAAUGGGCAUGGGGGAGCCCUGUCUUUCCCCAGCCCCCGCGCGUUUUUCGCAUUUCUUUUUACUGAACUACUUUUCACCACUAUCUCGGAGCCUGGAACAGGCUAGCAACAUCGCUAUUCAAGUCGUUUUGCAGCAAUGUUGCAAAACAAGUUACGGUCAAGUAAUACGGGCAACAUUUUCGCUCACCCUGUAGCGCAACAUUGUUACAUUGGAAGUUGUAAAGCGUUGUUGCUGGAAUUACCACCUUCGCUCUCAACUUGUCACGCAACAAAUUUUGAUGUUGCAAGUUGUGGCAACAUGUUGGGCAAGUAGUCCUGGGUUUUGUUGCCACUGUUUUGUUGCCCGAUUCUUCAGUUGUCACUGAUGAAGUGUGUUUUUUCAGGAUCUUGGCAGUAAGGAUAUAAAUGCUGAUGCUUACCUUGUGGCUCACAUUGUCAGAAUAGGUGGGUCACAUAAAAUUAUCAACUGUGCUCAGAUUAUUUUGUGAACAAGAGACGAAGAGCUGCUUUGUGAUAAUACAGAGGAACCUUCAUGUAACGAACCUCUAUAUAACGACACCUCAGUAAACCGAACGAUAUUUUUCACUCCAGUAAUAGUUAAGCUUAUGGAAACGACCCUCGUUGUAGCGAACAUAUGCCAGUUCCUUGUCCCUUCGUUAAAACAACUUGAGAGUGAAGCUGCAAAUAUACUUUUAGAAAAAAAAAUCCUGGUCAAUGACUCAACGCAUUGAUUACAUAACGCAGAUGUUUGUGCUGACUUGAACGAUGCACAGCUGUAUGAUUCAAAAAAGGGCCAACAUCCACCUAUUUUGACCUCUGUCUUGGUCAAUAAACGCAUAUAAACAUGUGUCACUCAAAGCCGUGGUUCCCUGCAGAGAAAAUUUGUUUUAGAAAAAAAAAAAACUACGAGUUUAAAAAUCGUAUUAUCCCGACCCAUGAUUUUUUAUGUCCGUUUUUUACUUCACCUUGUAUCCCUACAGGGAGGAUGCUUAUUGAUACUUCAUCAAAAAAGGUUUCCUCUUCGUCUUACAGGAGACCAUAUGGAUGUGCUGGUGAGUAAAGUCGUUUUGACACACCGACGACCACGACGGUGCGAAACGUCUCUUAGAAAGUAAAUUCACGCUAUUUCAAAACGUCGCUCUUGUUCGACGUCGUUCUGUUUGUUAAAUGGUGAUGAUUUUCUUGGAGUCGACUUUCAAAGGACUGUAUCUGAUUUUUUACAAAGAAUUCGAAAACUGUUUUCUCAUGUUCACGUCCUUUAGAAAACGUGAAAUUAGGCAGUUACGUCGUGGUCGUGCAAGGACGGCAAAGAAGUGUACAAAAAAGUGUGAUGCGCAUGCAGAGUCGUAUUGUCUUUUUCGUUGCCGUGGUCGUCGUCGUCGUCGCUGCGCUCUCUCUCACGUGACCAGCAGCUAUGUAAAUUGAUUGGAACAAAAGAAAGAUUUUACAUAAGAAAAAGGUUCAACCCCCACAGAACUGGUUUGGAACAUGGCCGCCGUUACGUCAGGUGAAAAUAUCGUAAUAGGACAGAAAUGGGGACAACAGAGGGAUAAUUUCCUUUGAAUUAACACUUUCAACACGCAAAAUUUCGACUGUGGCGAAUGAAGAGCUAAAUGGCCAAAUUUUAUUUUAAACGGCCAACCCGGUUUUGGAAAUCCAUUCAUAAAAGUUUUUUGUUAUGCAUCGCUACAAUGGAAAUAGAUACUCAGGUACUUUGCGGUAAACAUGCGCAGUGUUCUCACCAGGAUUUUUCCUUGGGGAGUCCCAAGGCCCCCUCUUCUGAGAAAUAGGGGCCCUGUAAGAACAUUAGGGGGACAAAGUUACAAAAAACACGCGGUACGAAGAACCUGAGCCCGCACUCCAAAUUGUCUGUUACAUGAAGUACCUACCUGAUCCAAUAUGGCGGAAGAGGUGUUUACGAUUCGGAGGAGGAGUUUACGAUGUAGUGGGACGUGCGUGGGACCAAUUUGAUAUCAUGUUUUUUAUUUAUUCAAACAAACAGAAUGCUUUAGUGUUAGGUUGACCAUUAAAACUACUUAAGUCCGUUUGACUCAUAGUUUGCCCCUGCGCCCUAACGGGCGCAUCUUCUUGGUUUUAAUGCGCCAUUUCAGUUUUGCUUGCGGGAAUCCCGCAAGGCCGCGGCCUGCUGAGAACACUGCAUGCGGCCAACAUUUACCAGUUGUUCCCUUGUGUAUUACAUUGUAGUAUAGAUGCACUGGUACCACUUUACUUUUUUUACAUUAAUUCAGAUUUCGUGGUGUUUUUGAUUUAUAGGUAGUUUACGCUCAGGAAAAGUAAUGACAUAUUUUUGGCUCAUUUUCGACGAGAAAGUGAAUAAUACCAAUAGUACGUCGUCAGUACGCUUUCCAAUAUCUCAUUAGUUGAUAAAAAAAAAAAACAGUACCAAACUUGAGCAAUAGACCUCGUCAGCUUGUGUGUGUUUUUUUUCCAGUACCGGUCCCAGGGGAAAUUGACCCUUUGUCUUAUCAAAAAAUGCGUACAUAUGCACGUGAAUAGGACAAAAUUUGAAAGAAACAGUUCUGUAGAGUAUUAUCACAUGACCUUUAUUGGGGAAAAAACAAUGCAAGCUAAGGUUGCGUCAUCCUCGGAGACCCGGGGGCAGAUAGUGGGGGAAAGGGAAAGACUAAACGGGCGGAAAAAAUGGCGCGAAGAAAAGUAAAAAACGGAAAGAGCUCUUCUCGCCGUUCUUUACUUUUCUUCGCGCCAUUUUUUUCCGCCCGUUUAGUCUUUCCCUUGCCCCCACUAUCUGCCCCUGGGUCUCCGAGGAUGAGGUUGCGUGCAAACGGACGUAACAACUCCCAGCAUUGUUGCCCCAACAAUGUUGGAAGUUGUUGCGUGCGUGUUGGCAGUGGUGUGCAAACGGAUGCAACAACUCCCAAAUACGUUCGGACCUGCAGUGCAUCGUAGGAAGGAUACCCCAUAAGUCUUUGUAAACCAUGCGUAAUGAGCGUGCGUGGCUCCGACAAUGUUGGAAGGGCUGUGCAAACGAAUCCAACAUUGCUGCGCUACGCUUCGGCUAUCACGGAACAAAAUAAAUGUUGGGAGUUGUUGGCUGAAAAGUUUGACUGGUUUCAAACUUUACGCAACAACACGCAACAGGGUGUGCAAACGGACGCAACAUGUAACAUCCAACAAUGUUGGAAGUUGUUGGUCAACAAUGUUGCGUCCGUUUGCACGCAGCCGAAAGAGGUGUAUUUAGUGGUUAACCAUUUUUUUUCUUCCUUCUAUUUUUUGCACUGAGUUUAGUUCUGGACAUCGUGGAUAUUUUACUGGGUCGGGAGGAACAGCUGGAAGAGAAAGAGUUUAACAUGCCAAUCUUCACGUAAGUACAGGAUUUCGUUUUCAACCUUCUGAUCCCAAAUGUAUUGUACUUCAAAAUAUAAAAUUCAGUAUAGGUUGUCGAGGUUAAUUGUGUUUUUUCAAUGCACUAUUCAAUUUGUGUUAAAGCCUACCUAAGGCAAAUAUAAACAUAAUCGAUGUUUUGCGUAAUGAAAAAUCGCAUACUGACACAAUAUUCCCUUAUAUGCCUUGACCACAUUUACGCGCCCCAGCGAUGAAGUCAUAGACUACUCUUUAAUUCCUCCAUCUCUUGUGCAGCUAAAACCGACGUAGUUAGAAGUAGGAAACUCGUUGAUUCUGGUAUCGGUAUCUAACGCCCUGAAUCUGUAACUAAGAAGGUAUUCUCUUGAUUUUCUGGCAAAUCCAGCAUCGUCUUCAGGUGCAUGGCUGGACUGGGACCACUGUAAUUGGCUCACCGCUGUUGUGGCACCCCUGCCUAUUAAGCAUUUAUUAAUUAUUCAUUGUUCAGUAACAGGCGAAGCUAAUGAAAUAACAUAACAUAACAUAACAUAACAUAACAUAACAUAACACAACAUAACAUAACAUAACAUAACAUAACAUAAAACAUAACAUAACACAUAACAUAACAAAACAUAACAUAAAACAUAACAUAACAUAAAACAUAACGUAACAUAAAACAUAACAUAAAAGAUAACAUAACAUAAAACAUAACAUAAAACAUAACAUAACAUAACAUAACAUAACAUAGCAUAGCAUAACAUAGCAUAGCAUAGCAUAGCAUAGCUGGUUUGCCUCUGGCCAGUUUGGAUUCUUAAGCCUGUUAAAUUUGAUUUAAAUUAUUUGUUUCAUGCAUUUGCCCGUUUUCACUGGCAUUAACGCUAUAAAUACUGCCGAGGGUAAAUAAUUUAUUUAUUUUUAUAUCGUCUUGAAUGCUUAGCAAAAAAAUCAACAUGUCUUGUACUGUGUAUAAUCUUGCAGAUGCGGUGAUAGUGAUUUCUGGACAGUUCAUGACAGCAUCAUAAAGAAACAAACCAGUAAAUACAGUGCUACAAGCUCAAGUGCUGGUGAGUUCAAUGUGGCUGUUUUCCAUAUCGAGAGACUAUAAAACAGAAUAUUGCAGCGAGAGGUGUUAAUUAAAAUAAUCAGCUCUUUGAUUUUGCUUUUACAUCUACCCGUACUUCGUAGUGUGACGCUCUGAGUAAUAUAUUCUUUCUCUCCUAGGCAUUUUUGUUUCCUUGAGAAUGUUUCAUGGCGACUUAGAUAAGGUGAAGCAUUUUAAUAAAUAAUGCGCGGAGGGUUUAAUAUAUUUUACAGGCCACUUACCUUCCAAAACAAUCCAGUUUUCAUCGGUGGAUAAAUCAUGUUUUUCUCACAUAAAAGAGGAAAAAACGCAAAUUCCGAGAGCCGUUUUAGUUUCUGAACUUUGUGUUCACCUUUUUUGAUAGAUAACCCACAAAUAGUUUAUUAUAUUUCAGGCCACUUGCCUUCCAAAACAAUUCUUUAUCGGUUGAUAAAUCAUGUUUUCCUCGCAAUAACGAAGGAACCCGUAAGCCAAAAGGCAUUUUUAGAUUCUGAACCUUGUAUGCACCUUGUGAUUUGAUUGCGCUCUUGCCUUUAGCUACCCACCUAUCUACCCGUGCACCCACCCUAAUAGGGUGACGUUUCGCGUCAGUUUCGAGGUUCCUUGCUAGCAACAUUGCUUGCUUAGUCAGUACAUUGUACCCCGUAAGAAUCAUUUUAUUGAUUUCCAUCUUUUUCAUAUUAUUUUUCCUGUUAAGGUUCAACACGAGAAUCCUCUUUUGGUACCCAAAGGAAUUCCAGUUGUGAGAAAAUUAGGCUUUCCCGAUGUUAUCAUGCCAGGUUUGCUAAACAGUUUACGUCAUUUCUACCAGUUUAUCUUUGUCGAUCAUUUAAAACCUGUCUACACUAGCACGUUUGACUUGACAAAGAGUGCUUACUUUGUCAGAUGAUGCACGUGCAGAGUUGUUGUUUUGCUCAUUAUAGCUCUUGUUGACUUGUUAUUGUUUUGACGUUCAUUUUGUCAUCGCCGUCGUGACGCCUUAAUCUUCCUUUUUUCAAAUUUUGUCGAGGACUGUCACGAGUAGAAUAAUAAAAAUAAAAAUAAAAAAAAAAACGAAACAAAAUGGAUGUUGGAAUGCGAGUCACAAAAACAGUUUCAGUCACGUUGUUUCCCGGUGUUAUUCUUGCAGGUGAUAUCAGGAAUGAUGUGUACGUUACCUUGGAAAGAGGAGAAUUUGAAAAAGGUAAUAAAACUGAUGGAGAAGCAGCUUUUUUGGGUAGCUGGCAUUGGCAUCGACUUCAAUGUCAACUUAAUUUAUUGCAAUGAAAGUAGAGAUGUGUAAGUGUAAAUUUUUUGUUGCAAAUUUUCCAUUCCGUUCUUUAAGGAUCAGGAAAAACCACGUCGAGAAAUGUUGAAGUGUCCAUGUGCGUUGUGGGACCUAAAGGGAAGGUUAUUGAGGUAAUAAAAAUAAUGUCCUGUUCGUUAAUUUUAUUGUUCAUGUAACAGAGUGUGGGACAAACUGAAUAUUCGUAAAAAAAACAACUGAAUUCUUACUUCAGGACCUUCAGUGAAAAGAGUACGUACGUGUCUAUUUCUACCUGUCAAUCUACAGAAUAUGACAUUGGGCUUCUCUUUUUUACCUUUCUCUUUAAGCGUUCAACUUAAAAGGGAAUACACGCAAGGUUUUUCGUGUCUAGACCACCUUUCUCACAUUGGUGUGGUCCAAUUCUCUUUUCCAUUUUGACUCUUAUUGAGAUUACACUAUCACAUGAAAAGAGGUACUGUCUAGUCAUGGUAGUUGCACGUUCUUUUUUCAACAAGGUAGUCAGUGUUCACGUUCUCCCUUUUGGUUUUUACAACGCUCCCUGAAGCGACCAAUGUUCACGUUCUCACUUUCACUCAGGUGAGCCUUUUGAUUCGCUAAGUUCUAGAACAUUGACGUUGAGUGUUCUGCUUUCAGGAUUGUGUGUUUCUCGGGGCAGGAGGAUACAGUGUGACUGAGUACGAGUCUAUUAUAUUCUACCACAACAGCAAUCCGAAGUGGAAUGAAACAAUAAAGGUACAUUCUUAGCAGUCACGCAAAUAAUGUUAGUUACAGAGAAUUCCCACGUCAUCUUCUUGGAAACGGUAUGAAGUGAACGGCUCCACAGAAAAGUACGCUCAGUUCAGUUUUUAAGGUAGAAGACAGAGCCCGUCUAACAAACCUUAAAGAUUUACAUUGGUCACGUGUCAUGUCAUUGCUAAAAAUAAGUGUUUGUUAGCCAGUGGAAUCGAGCCUUAUCCAGUAAGACGUUGUUCUUUUCCACUCACUCAAAGCGCCGUGGCGGUUACCACCCCUAAACACUAACAGUAGCUGAACAACCUUGGCUAGGAGGUUCUGGCAGAAGAUCAAUCAUCUGCCUGAAAAGAAAUUCUCCGAGAUAACUCUCUGUUUUGUGGCAAACAACUAACGCUGGUCCCGAGGGUGGGUGAAUUGUCGAGGAAAUGGAAUCCUUGUAGUCUUAAUCGCUUGCUGGCUGUGUGGUGUGUAUGAGGCUUGUCCUUGAAUAUUAAGGUAAAUCAUGAUUAAAAUAUGUUGCUUUCCCCUACAGGUGCAGCUCCCGUUUGACAAGUUCCUUGGUGCCCAUUUGAAGUUUGGCUUUCGACAUUUGGCAAAAUUUGAAGGUAAAUCGUUGUUACAGAAUAACUGCAGAAGUUAGUAACGAUUUCGCCUGAAUUACCUAUGAGGCAACUUUAAAAACAGUGCUCCUAGGUUUGAGUAAAUUUUGACGUCUAUGUACUGCAGGUAGCUGGUCGUUGAGUCUUGGUAUAUUCGUAAUUUUUUGGUACUAACAGUAAUCGUACAUAGUGGAGUCCCGGAUGGCAGUAACUCCGCUGUCCUGGAGGGUGGAAAAAUACAUUGUCUCCUUCACAGUCGCUCGGGCCGGAGUCACGCUCAGAGGCGGGAAGCUGACGUGACUCCGGCCCGAGCGACUAGAAAGUACAAGAAAUAUUAGCUCAUCGCAUUCAGCUCAAGCCCAUUUAUUUCAUUUAGGGAUAAUACUUUUUUCGUGCUUUUCUGUUUUAGAAAAGGACAAAGGUGACAAGACAUUUGGUUUUUCCUUUGUGAGUCUCAUGCGAGCCGACGGAACAACAAUCCCAGACGGAGGUCACGAGCUGUGUGUAUACAAGGUGGGUUAUUUAAAGCGUUUGUAAUCAUGUUUUUGUUGUGGUUGUUGUUUAUUUCUCUGCCAGGAAGCUUUAACCUGUCAUGUCCAUGCGUCAAAAGUGGUCUUAUUUCCCAGAAUUGAGGUACUCCACCCGCUUAAGGAAAUUUUCCCCGAAAAUGUUAAUGAGUCGGAGAUGAUUGGAGCGUAACCUACGAGAAGGUUACGAAAAGGCUUUUAGAGGGACAUGGGAGGGGAGGGGAAAAAAAAGAAAAGAGUUGUCUCCUUACCCACACGCCCUUUCCUCCCCCAGGCCCUCAGGCUACAUUAGGGACUUUAAGAUCCGACGACGCAACGGCAGUGAGAACUUCAAGUAGCAAUAGGUUUAAUAAGAAAAGCAACAACUUCUUGCAUCACGCAUUUUUGUACAUUUGGAUCGACUAUAGUCUGAAAAUGCCUUAUUUAACCUUUUAUAGAGGACGUAAAUAAGUGACGACGGAAUUUUAUUUCUCUUUCUGAUCUUGGACAUGGUUCUUACAAAUUCAACCCCUGGGGGGUUGACCUACUUUUGACGAAGUAAGUGGGUAGGAAUAGACGCGAUGAAGACUGAAAGAACGCAAGUUCACUUUUUAAGCGACUUUUUCGCUGUCGUCGCGUCCUCGGAUCGUAAAGUCCCUAUUGUAAUUCGAGGGUGACGUUGGACCGGCCAUGCUCCAUUCCUCUGAAGCAAAAAGGAGCACUUUUUAGCUUUGGUGGUUCCUAGGUUCAUAUAAAUAGCCACUUGUAAUACCGUUGCACGGCGUCUCAUCUCCGGCUUUUAGAGCCGUACUAGUUAUUUCUGCUUUGUAAAUUUUCUAUUUGUGCCCUUUUCCACAGUACGAUGCAAACUGUUUUUAUGACUCAAAGACAUAUCUUCACAUGCCCUCGAACGCGCAACAAAUGGCGACUCACACCAACUCCUCCUCAGACAGAUUAGUACGGAAUACCAAAGAUUCCUUCUUCGUCAAAACAAUAGUAUGCUCGACAAAGUUAACUCAGAAUGGUGAGUUAAUGUUUAUUUCGGAUUGUUAUGAAUGGACUCAAUCAAUCAAUCCAUCCAUCAAUCAUUCAUUCAAUCAAUUAAUCAAUUAGACAGCCAAUCAGCCAGUAAAUCAUUAGUUAUUAAAUGGUAACGUGUGUAGCGAAAGGCGUACCAGUUAUACCUGUUUCGUGUUUUGUAUUUUGUACUUGUUUUGGGUUUGUUUUUUUGUUUGUCUUUGGGCACAAAAGACUCAUUAUCGUUUGCAUUGGUUUCUGCAAACAUCAGCUUUUGUACUUGCAGCAACACUGUUCAGGAAUUCUCACGCGCUAAUCCUAUUAGUGGGAAAAGCUCCGUAAUGACAUUUGUUAUGACUCCUAAAACUCGUGAAUUCAGUUUUUACUGACCAAUAAUGCUGAUGUUUUUCUAGUGGACCUUGUUGGCUUGUUAAGAUGGAAAGCUAAAAAACGGGAGAUUCCAAAAGUUUUAACCUCUCUGCUAAAAAUUGAUGGCGAAGAAAUUGUCAAGGUAGGUUUGGUGCGCUCGGAAGUUUCAUUGGUAGGUGGUAAGAGAGCAAAUUCAAACUCAUGCGUUGUUUUCUAAUAAUUUACAGUUUCUUCAAGACAUUUUUGAUGCGUUGUUUGCAAUUUUGAAUGAGAGCGCAGAGCAAUACGGCACCCUUGUAUUCCGCGCUUUGGUAAGUACUAUGGAUAGUAUCGUUUUGUGUAAUUCCAAAGUGGCCACCUGUUCCCUUUAAAACCUCUUUGAGUAGAAACCUGACAGACUAGUAUUCCUAGUGCCGUCUUUUUUCCCCCUCGAAAUAAUACAAGUGACUAUAUGGACCACGUGAUUUUUACUAACCGCCGCUCGGUUGUCUCAGUGUGAAGAGCGCUGGUGGAAUGCAGCACGGGAAGACGUGGGCUUAAACCUCGGCCGGAUCAGUAAGAUCAUGGCAGCUGUGAUUUAAGACCUUGUCUCAUGACCCGUGAUCGCGUCCUUUGGCGGUGACGUUUAGCCGUCGGCCUUGCCUCUUUUAUCUUCUUGUCAUCAGUCAAUUCGAAAGGGACGUAGAAGUACCCACAAUACUGUUCGAAAAGAGUAGGUUAAGUUUCCCCGGUGAUGUAGGCUACCUCGUCGACACAUCAUGCAUAUCAUGGGCUGGGUGGAUUACACUUAGCUCAUUAAUGGAUAUUUUUUUUAAUAUUUUAUCCUGUUACUUUUGUCUCAGGUGUUCAUCAUCUGCCUCCUUUCUGCUGCAAAGUAUCAACACUUUCGAGGCGUGUUGACGACCUACAUUGAAAAGCAUUUCAGCGCUACCAUGGCAUACAAGUAAGUGGACAGGAAUGAAAAAGGGAUAUAAACGCGGCAGGAUUAGCUCAGACGGUGGAGCGCUUGACUGCAGAGCGAGAGGUGGCGAGUUCGUUUCCUGGGGCUGGACCAAUACCCGGGGUCUUAAAAUAUCUGAGAAAUGAAGGUACCCCUUUGCACUGCAAACGGCUAGCCCUGCGCAUGGCUCGGAUGACCAUGUAAAAUAGCGGUCUCGUCUCCAGUUGAAUCUCUGUUUGUUUAUGUACAAACGAACGGUCUAAACUAAUAUAAACUUUUCUUUUUUUUGUGAUAGGAAACUUAUCAGCUGCCUGAGGCAAGCUUUGUCCUUUUCAGGGGAAAACGAUAAAAUGGAUAACCUAAAAAAUACUAUGACGGUGAGCAUUUCUCUCCCUCUUUUUAAUCCUGUGCACUGUGCGGAUGUCUAUAUCUGGGACGCUUGUCCCGCUUUCAACGCCUCCACUGCGCUGAUGUCUUGUUUACUAGUGGUCCAAGUUGUAUAGGUAAAAGACAGACGGGAAAGUUUCUGCUCUUAGUAUUACCGUAUAUUAUCUGAGAAUGUGGCAGUGCUGUUGUUUCCCUGAACAGUUUUUAUUUUUCUUUCUUUCAGGCGUUAGAAUAUCUUUUUAAAUUUAUUAUUCAAUCAAGAAUGAUGUUGAUCAGGUACUUCACAAACAGUGCUCUGUAUUCUGUAGAUUUGAAUUUUAAAGAAGGGAAACCUGUAUUCAGAGGCACCCUUUGCUUAGUGGGCGAAUGGCGUAGUUGUCGACAAACAUUUUGUCCUCUAUUUUAAGUAAAACGAACCUGUAUUAACGGGCGCAGUUGAAGGUCACGUGGUUGUUGGGCGUCCACUUUUUUUCACUGUCUAUACAUUUCCAUGGUCUGUUUCACUCGUGGUUUGUCCAUGUUGGGGGUCAAAUAGGCAGAAGAAUUUACAUGGUCUUUAGUUCCCACUCUCUUGAUGAACAUGGCCGCCGUGACGAAAUGGAACAUAGAAAUGACUUUAAAUAGUCCAGUUUCGAAUUAAAAAUCACCGCUGAAUACAAACAUUAACGACACAUUCAUACAGGGUUAGCCUCGACGUAAAGUAAAAUAUUCAGAAAUUCUGGCAAGUCAGUGUUUGAAAUUUGAAUAUACGCAAUAGACAGAGUAAUAAACAGGUCUUUUUCUGGUUGGAAUUUGUGAAUAUAUUACUUCAGAUGGAGGCUAAAGCUGUAAAGAAUCAUAGCGAACUCGAAAAUGGGCUAUUGCUCAAAACCCAAGUGGAGCCACUAGCCGCAACCACUGUAAAGUUUUGAACAUUUUGGCGUCAUUUCUGUGGUCUUUGCUCAAUGUACUGUGAAAGUCAUCAAUAAUAACCAGUGGAAAAGAUAUGCCUAGAAUUAAAUAUAUUGCAUUUACUCAAAAUAGUUAAACUAACUUUUGACUAUUAUAUCAAAGAUUCCUUUCAGCAAAUUUUAUGGUAGAAUAAAUAAAAGAGGCGGAGUCUAGCAUUUCCAUUCGUAAGAAGUUUUUAUUUAUUAUGGUUGUAGUAUGCACCGUGAACGCGACGCAGCCACUCAAGAGGCAUUUAGAAAGGAUCUGUAUUCUGUCUUUACGGAUUUGAAUAAUUUAAUGUCUUCACGACUUCCUGAUGUUACUGCAAAGGUAAGAUAAUUUGAAAUUUCCGGUAUUGGCAUAAUGGCAGAAAGAGUCAGGGCUCUUAGGGCAAUUCUUCUCGCUCCCUUUUACGUGCGGUCGUUAUUACCCUCCCUCCCUCUGGAUGUCUUGAAGUAUUUACUAAUCUCUCCACUGAGGUUCUCAGGGAGUGGUACCUGAUAGGUACCGCUGACCAGGGUUGUCAUGGUUAUCUUCCGCGCUUGCUUCCGACUCCCUCAGUUUGUCCUAUUGGCGAUGGGCUUAACGUAAUCUUUAAAGUACUGGAUUUGUUUUUUUUUUCUUCUCGACAGUCUUUAGCUGUGCAGCAUUUUCCUGGAAUUUACGAAGACGCGCUAAAAGUUUUUACUUCAGAAGAAUUAAGGUUUGUGAUCUUUCUUCAUUUCUGGCAAAUAAAUGAAUUACAACGUAGGUAAGUGGCCUGCGCGACAUUCAGCAUAGUACCGCGGUCAUAACGUCAACAAUUUCUGUGAGUAAGCCAUUUAUUUCCAUUUAGCCGGGUUUGUCGUUAACUAAGUUAAGUUCGUGGAAUGAAUCAUUUAGCCAGUCAGUCCCGUCAAUUAAACCGAUCAUUCAUUAAUCAUUUUAACUAGUGGGUCGAUCAUUCCAGUGAGUCUGUUAAUAGCCAUUUAAUGGGUCAUUUGUCAGCCAGUCAGUCAGUUCGUCCAUGCGUCCGUCCGGCUGGCCGUCAGCCAGUCAGCCAGUCAGUCCCUCAGUUCGUUGUCCUUCCGUCAGUCUGUCAGUCCGUCCUCCGUCCUCUGUCCAUCCGUCCGUCUAUCAGUCCUGUCGAUGAAACCGAUCAGUUUUAUCAUUUAACGAGUGCGUUGAUCAGUCCAGUCAGUCUGUUAAUAGCCAUUUAGGCUGUCAGGCAGUCGGUCAGUCUGUCCAUGCGCCCGUCCGUUCGUCCAUCAGUCAGUCUGUCAGUCCGUCCGUUUAUCCGUCCAUCAGUUUCGUCAAUUAAACCGAUCAGUCAUUUAUUAUUUAACGAGAACGUCAAUCAGUCCAGUCAGUCUCUUAACAGCCAUUUAAUGGGCCAUUAAGCAGUCUGUCUGCCAGUCAGUCAGUCCGUUCAUGCGUCCAUCCUUCCGUUCGUCCGUCAGUCAGUCCGUCGGUUCGUCCGUUCUUCCGACAGUCUGACAGUCCGUCUGUCAGUCAUUUUGUAAGCUGUUUAAGUCAGUUAGGUAGUCAAUCAUGCCGUUGUUUUGACGGCAAAACAAAAAACAUCCAGCUGUCUUAUGUGGUAAUCUUUGACUAAAUCCUUUGACUUGUGUGCAUUUCUUUUAGUACAAUUGCUAAGCAAUUCCUUGUCAGUGCCGCUGGGGAUCACAAAGCUCUCGCGAGCAGUAAACUACAGUUUAUUGAUGCCACUGUGAAGAGCCGUCUCUUUGGACAUCAGGGUAAGACAACAUUUAUCCCCAAAGAACUUUAUUGUUGGGAAGAUACAGUAGACAUCUAUCUAUUACUCAGUCCUCCACUUGAGUUUCAGGGUUUUGAAUAUUCUUCCCUCAUUUGUGUUGAGCCCAAGGCUAUUAAAUUUUAAGGCUUGUAGGCCUUGUACACACAAGUGUGUAUCGUAUUUAGAGAAGGAGGUAGUAUGGUAGACUGGUUAGAGCGCUGAAUUCUCAAUUUGGAGGUCCCGUGUUCAAGUUCCGCCCUGGCCGAUAGCUGAAUUUGUUCUCGGUAGUCCCCUGGGCCAGCUUCCUCGAAAGAUGGUAAAGUUUAACCCAGGAUUAAGCCAAAUGUUCAGCAAGGUUCAAUCUUCUUGUAUAAGAUCACGUAACUCGAGAUUACAAAAUACCGUUGUGCCGGCUUUACUUCGAAAAAAAGAAAUGAUAACACAAAAUGUUACGCUAAGGAAUGCUUGGGAAGGUAAAUACCAAAAGUGGAACAAAAUUUUAAUCCUGGCUUAGUGCUAAUCGGCCUUCCAGGAACCGGACCCUGGUCAUUUUUGCUUCCUUAAACGCAUUGUCAACUUUGGCAAAGUUCAAGAUCAUUUCCCCUAGGGAAUGAAUUUGGGGCUGAAAAGUUUUUCAUAUGUAACUUUUAUUUUGUGCAGAAUCCAGAACGAUACUUAUCCCUGUGCUAGUGGCUUCUCUUCAAAAACAACUGGUACAAAAACAAGACAUGAAAACAUGUGCGGAAAUACUGGGAUCGAUGCUGACGACUUUACAGACGGAGACCACGGUAAGGAUCUGUUUUUACAUGUGAAUUACCUAUGUAAACCUUUAUCGCUGUUUGUUGCUUCAGUAUAUGUGUUAUAUUGGAAGUCUAUACAUUUAUUUUCUCCACAAAUGUAAAGGACGUCCAGUAGGUGCGCGGUGUUGAAUCCCACAAUAGGCCCUUUGCAUGAUUUGAUCACGUGAUCAACGUUCGGUAAACACGAAAGCAUUUGAACAAUUUCAGUAGCACGAGCUGAAAGAGCGUAUUAAAAUUAGGUAACCUGUAAAAUUUUCAGCCAUAUAUCGCAAAGGUAGCGAUUGCAACGGCCGCCAAAAAUUAGAAGGAUUUGUAUGAGAUAAACAACUCUUGCCACCCAGUCACGUUUGAGUGAUAUAGGGAUUGAGAUAUAGGGCUGAAAAUCCUCAGGUUACCUAAUUUUAAUAUGCUCUUUCAGCUUGUGCUAACAACAUUUUUCAAAAGUGAACUGUUUUCGUGUUUACCGAAAGUUGAUCACGUGAUCAGCUCUUGCAAAGGACCUAUUUCUAUUGGUUACUUCCAGUGUCAUCCAAGCACAUGGGCAUUUUCUUGACACAAGACCUUGAAUCAGAAGUACGACCCUGGCCAAUAGAGAGUUUUAGCGUCACGUGUACGUCAAACGGCAAACGUGAAUUUUUACUAUUAUUAUUUUUAAUUGUUAAUUUACUGUUCAUUAUGUCUGCACGUAACUCAAAAGUCUCGCGCAAUUUUGUUUCUAUGAAAAUUGUUUUGAGCUGAUUUUAUCUGCUCGUUUUCUAACUUCAGAAAUUCUCAACUUAAAUUAGACGUUUGCAGUUUGCCGUGUAUACUUGGAGUUAAAUCUCUUUAAACUGACUUCCUAUACGUAACUCGCGUCUGACGCUGGUUAUAUGCGUUGGUUUUUGGAAAGCAGAGUUGCUAAUCUUAUUCCGAAUUUGUCGUAAUAGCGCAUUGUUUUUUGGAAACCUUUUUAGCGAGGGCCUAUUGAAGAAGAUGUGUACCUCAUUGCAAAGGCCCUGCUACAGCCCGUCUUUCAAACAGUCAUGACCGUGGACAGAACCAGCGAGCUUGCGGUAAGAGCACUUUCUUAAUCAUACGACUAUGCCGAAUAACAUCAGGUAAAUGGUAUGUUGCACUCAGACAGGACCCCCAUUGUAGAACGAAGAUUGUCAGUGUCACUAUUUACCCUCUCCACCCUAUUAUUUAAGUGUCAUUUAAAAUUGUAAGGCCAAAAGCUCAUGUCCAUCAGGCUCAUCAAAUGAUGGUAGCUGCUGCUAUAGGUUCAGUAAUUUUCGCAGGUGAAAAUUUUGUUGAAGUCCUUUCUGUUUGUAACUCAUGGAGCUAGGUUCAUUCAGUUUUUGUGCCCAGAAAUAUUUAUGGGAUGAAUGUUUUUAUAGUCUGGUGUACUGAGUAAACACUAGAACCAUGUAGUGUCAAAAGUUUCGAUUUACUUUUUUGCAUUAUUUCAGAGGCAUUUUCUGUCAGUGUUGACGAACUUGCUGUGGAUCAUGACUGAAGAGCAUUACCAGAGGUUCUUGAAGGAGUUUUCCAGCAACAAGGAACUGAAAGAUUUCUUAGUGAACGUGUUUGUAGUGUUCACUGAAAUAGUCAAGCGUGGGAUAUUUCUUAAAGACUGGAUAGUUAUCAUCGUCUUAGGGAACAGGUGGGGAAAUUAACCAUAAUUAUAUUUUUUAUCAUUUGUUGCAAAUUUUUCUUCCUUUUCAUGGCCCGAGAGUCCACCACGUGACCUGAAAAUAACUGCCUACAAAUAAUGGUCUGCUCAUGCGCAAUGUCGUCCAACUUUGUUUGGCUGCAAAUACCGGUAAUAUUCUGCUCAUGCGUAAAUGAAACCACGCUUUUCUCCUUCGUGCGAUUGCUCUUGGGUGAAAGUGACAGAGCGGUUCACUUCCCGAUGAAGAUAUUCAUUAAAAAAAAAACAAACUCGGUGAUCGAAUGAUAAAACAAUUAUUGAACUCGUCUAUCGCAAGAUAUCGUGAUUUGUCAGUGUCUCGCAGAUCAAUUACUGGCCUCAGCCGUCGGCUUCACAACUGACGACGUCCGUUCUACUUAGUUGAGAUUAAUAUUGUGUAUUGAGGCGCACGCAGCCGUGUUAGCAUGAACAUAUGAACGAUUCGUUGGGCUCCCUUUGCGUCUGCGCUAACCAAUCACCUGUUAGCUAGUCAAUAAAUAUUCAGUUACAUAUGAAUCGUAGGCUCGAUUUCCGCCGUCUCCCGGGUGGAUUGCGGGCUCAUUAUCUCGAACAACAGCUGUUAAUCAACCUAUAUUAAUUGCUUUUCCUGAAUUCUUGUCUUAUUUUGAAUGAGUAACUUGAUCCGUCUCUUGUUCUCGUACUGUUAGCGCUUUUCCCCAAUUGUUCUUAACGAGAAAUAUUCUGUUUUUAGCGUAAUUUUAAGAGCCAUUCAGAAUUUUUCACAAGCUCUUCUGGAUAACUUUUCAGGAGAAGAGAACUUUGACUACCAGGUGAGCCAUCUUGACAAGCGUCUGAUUAUAUAUGGGAUGAGAACGGUGUCACGUGGUUUCUCCGGUUGGAGGACGGGCAAACAGCUUAUAAAAACGGUCAUUACAAGCAGUGUCGGUCGAGUUUCUAUGUAUUAGCGACCUUAAGCAAAGACGUCUUUGAGCGACGUACGUCAGCCGAAAGUGAAGCCUUCUCCCUUUUUAUAUGCCUUGACGCUAAGUUUCUUUGCUCUUGUAAAGACGAUUUACCGAAACGUUUGAACCAAACCACUGCCCAAAAAGUCCACUUCCGGUUGACGUCCAUCGCUCAAAAACUCUAUUGCUUAACCUCCCUAUUAUAGACAACAAUAAAGAACUUGUAAUGCCAAAAACAGUAGCGCAAAAUGUGGGUCAAAUUAAUGUUUUGUUUUUGGAUGAAACACGACCAGAGAUAUUCCGGCAAGAAGGAAACAAUGACUCAAACCUUGGCGAAACACGAUCUAUGCAGUUUGAGUAGAAAAUGUUUCUAAUUUAUUUCGCAGUUAUGGAACAAUUACUUCAACUUGUCGGUGUCCUUUCUUACGCAAUCGCAUCUUCAACUGGAGAGCUUCACCGAAGUGAAGAAACACAAGAUCAUCGACAGGUAAAAUUGUCAAAAACUCCUUCCUUUAGUAAUUGUUAUUGUUGCUCUUCUCUGAUAGCAAAACAUAGGAGUCAAUAGGCCUUUUUCAGCUAGUUUGAACUUUUUGAAUUUGAAGUUUUUUGAACUUUGAACGAUGCUUUAACUCUUGAAUUGACUUUUUAACUCAACCACUCUCCCUUACAAUGCGCAUGAUUUCACGUGAAUUUUCAGCCAGGUUUUAGCCAAUCACUGUCCAAUUCGUGCUCGCGCGUAAGCUUGAACCUCGGUCGCCGUACCUUUCCAAAUGUUCUUUUCCGUCUCUCUUCGAAGUGUGGUUUUUGCGCUUAUGUCCGCUUUUAUUUGAGAUAAAGUCUGAAUUUUAUUGGAACUUGAGUCUACACAUUCUUGGAGCUAGAAUCUGCACUUUAUCUGAGUUUGAGCCGAAAUUCAUUAGAGAAUUCCUCACACAGCUGGUCAUUCACCUGGUGCAAAACGGCAUGCUGGAGAGCAAGAGACGAAGACAACAAUACUUUACUUUCAAAGUGCUUCACUCCACUCAGGUGUAUAGAUGGAUAUCAGCGAACAUAAUGCUGUGAACCCUUCGGUGUGCUAGCAUCCUGCCCAGGGAAUUGAGGGGUAGAGGGUAGAGAGAAGAGUAGAACGAUUCCUACUAUAACCGGGAUAAGUUAUAAUCUCCGACUUGAUGGAUCAUUUGCCCCGCAAGAUGACUUUACCAACCUUUAUUUCUGUCCUGUAGGUACGGAGACAUGAGACAGGUUAUGGGUUUUGAGAUUGUUACCAUGUGGCAAAGCCUCGGUAAGUUUCAACAGCUUUAAAUGUGUAGAGAUGUAUAUUCCUAGCCUGAGAAAACAGCCGACAAUUUCGCGACGCCGUUACUGGCGAAGUUUGCCCGGGAAAUGACGGCUGUGUAACAAGCGUGGCAAUUCCAUACUGAUGACGCGUCAAUGGCGUCAUCACCCAGAUCUGGGUAGCGCUUCUGUAAUUUAAAGUAAAUUUUCAGCCAAUCAGAAGCACUACCUAGACUAUUGAAUUUUAAGUUUAAAGUCUUAAUGUUUUCGCUAAUCAAAAAGUUUCGUUAAAACCCUCACAGGGAAUUCAAAAUACUAAUUUUUUUCAAAGUUAAUUUGAAUAUGUUGUAGUUAAUUUUUUAUCUCAGGUAAUUUCUAUUUUUCUUUUGUUUCAACUUCAUUAGCAGAUAUUACCAUACCCAAAAACAAAAGACAAACCAAAAUUACCCGAGAUAAAAAAUUAAGUACAACAGAUACGUUAACGAGGUUUCCGUCGAAAAUGAAAAUUGUCAUGCUAAUGUUCUUAAGAAAUUACAUAACAUAAGUAUUCUCCGAACAACCGACAUUCGAAAAAAAAAACAACAGAAUUUCAGUUUUCAACGGAAAUUCUCGGUAUUCAAAAUUAAUAGCGAAAUAUUAAGCUAAAAUUCAUUUUUCCUUUGUCAUUAACAGGCUCUUUUCAGAGACAUUUUAUGCUUAGUCUGGUUUGUCCUUUCCUUGAGAUGACUCUUGUUCCUGAGAGAGGUAAGCUGGCAACGCCAUUUGAUUUCUUUCUUUCUCUCUUUCUUUCUUCUUUAAGAAUUCAAAUUAAAUCAUGACUUAUCUCUCUUUCCCGGCUGGAUGUGCUUAGUUAUUGUCAUAUGCAGAAAAGCCUCAAAACCUCCCAACAAUUUUCAUAGCACGUUGUGUUUAUUCUUGGUUUUUGAUUACAUUUCGUCUAACACAAGUUGUUAAAUAUGAUGUCCCAAUUAGGACGAACGGGACAAUCAAAGUUGACAUUUUAAUGAAACUUGAGUCUUGAUUCGUUAUUCUAUUUUGAUAGUUUAUUUUAUUUAGCUUCCAUUAUUUUUGGCCUUGGUGCAGACGUCUCCUAUUCUUUCUACUUCAAUACAAAUAAUUCAAUACACCUCAUUCCAUAACGCAAGUGCCCCCAACAAUUUUUUAUUAUUAUUACAGAAUUGCGUAAAGCUACAUUACCGAUAUUCUAUGACAUGGUUCUAUGUGAACUGAAGACGGAAGGCUGCGCAACCAUGGUAUGUUGAUUUAAAUCUGUACCUUGAAUUAAGGGAAUACUUUAAUCUUGUGCUUAGAGUACUGUGAAGACAAUUAUUGUUUUGUUUUCAGCAUGUCCUGUCUAAAAACUUUCUUGGAGUACUCGUAGUCUUUUAAGGGGGAUGAUUGGCUUUUUCAUCAUCUUCAUGAUCAUCAUCAUCAUCAUCAUCAUCAUCAGUGCGGUCUCAGCCGUGCUGAACGCCUGGCUGUCUAGUUUGCUUGAUCUUCCAUGCUUGCUGAGAGCUCACUGUUGCCAAAGGUCCAGUGUCCCGUGGCUUUUAGGCUUUUAAUAAUUCUAAUCAAAUCUAUUUCUAUAUCCUGGUCCUGCUAAAAAUUAUCCUUUUUUAGGUUGAAACCAAAAUAGUGAACGAGCUCGACAGACUUGUGAGCGUGGACAAAAAAGGCGACAAGGAAUACAAGAAACUCUUCAAGCAAAUGUGAGAAAGAUAUAAUCCCAAGGGUAAACAAGAGAUUCCGGUAAACACGUCGGUAUCCUCUUCCAGGGACGAUGUGACAACUGGAAAAGAACAAACGUCGCUUUCGUUUUUAGGCUUAUUAAUAAGCCAUUUGUACAAUGACGUCUUGUGAUCACUAAGGGUCUGUUGACAAGGAGGUGGGGGACCCCAGGUAGGUGAGGUAACCCGCUUGGAUGGGUAACCCGCCUGUCCGUAUAAUCUCUCGUAUGGUCAACCAAUGAAAAUGAGAGAUUAUAUGGACAGACGGAUUAUCCCACUUGAGCUUGUUACCUCACCUUCCUGGAGUACCCCACCUCCUUGAAAACGGGCCCUAAGACCAGAAUUCAUUUCGUUUUUUCUUUCAUAUCUAAAUUCGGUAAUCCCAGAGAGGUUUAAAUAACAAAAGCGCAAAUUUGCACAAGAACGCAAAACCCUGAAGGAUUCUGUUAGUGGUAGUAAAAUGACACUAUCGUGCUACUGGCCUAUUAGUUAGAGAAUAACAUAUUUUUACCAUUAAUAUUCUUCAUGAAAUUUUGAAGCACAUAUGUAUCCCACAGGACGUUUGCUCACUCCAAAUUUACAUUCCAUUUCAUCAGAAGCAUAUGCUUCUGAUUUCGUAUUAUCACAAUCCUACAUCUUUAGGUCUUUGGGCAAUUAAUUGUUCGUCCUUCUUUCUUUCUUUCUCAGCUUGACGGAAAAGUUUGAAGAGAAUUUUCUUUUCAGCAGUGUAGGUAUAGCAUUUGUCAACCGAGUUACAGACCUCCUGAAGUUACUUUUGGAGUACAGGUGGGUAAAAUGCGGGACAAGAAGGAUGUUGUUAUGUAAUAAUGCACUUUUUGUUUGUCAUUUGCCCUGCUCCUCGGUAGAAUGCUUAUUACACCAGGGACCAAGUACAUCCACGGGCGGUGCUCAUACAGUCUGGUCCCCAGGGUCUCACCUCUUCCCCUCCCUUGGAGUAGACCUAAGAACAAGUCAACGACUGGUAAUGUUUAGAAUUAAAUCAUUCUGUUCUCAAGUCCAUUGUGUUUCAUUGUCUUCGAAAGUUCAUCUUCUAAUUAACUUGGCUGUAGAGACUUGGCUUUCGUGGCACACCACACAUAAACUAUUUUCAGCCUUAGAGUUUUAUAAUCCGCCCCCCCGCCAACAUCAUUGGCGGUACUUGAAGUCAAAACUUGACAAAUGCACACAUCUUGCCUGUAAUUAAGCUGCGUGUAAAUGUUCGUGCAAAUUUUUUACACGCAUGUUUUUUCGUGUAUUUUGUAAAUCCGCCAUAUUGCACUCUAGUUACACGCGUGCUCUUCUAUUCCUGUGACCUACACUGCACUUUUUAAGGUACGGUGGAACCACGCCUGAUCGAUGAUCAUAUUAAUAAAGUCCGUACACGUAUGUAUAGUCGUGAACUUAUCGUAAAUCGCAAAUGUAAGGGACCCUUUCUAAUUUCUGAAAAUGCAUGAUUGAUUAACAGGAGAGUAUCUGCCGAAGAGUUAGACGACAGGGAACAGAAAAUGAGCUGCCUUGUAAAUUUACUGGUAAAGUGCAACCUAUUUUGCUAUUGAGAAUCUAAAACGGAAGUAUACUUGAUAGUGUUGUCACAAUAGACGUAAUCAAAUGUAAAUUGUCUGUCAAUAAAAAUGGAUUGCUAAGGCCUUCACUUCCAUCGGUGCUAAAUUUGUGGAAGAAGUUUAAUUUGUGCAAUUUUCAAUUCAAGGAAUUCUACAAGGAAAUUGAUCGCGAGGACAUGUACAUCAGGUAAAUGAGCUUUUUCCUAGAAAGAGUUUAUGUUGCUGUCUGUAAAUUACUUGUUCUUUUUGUCAAAUAGGGUACUUAGCUUUUCAAGUAAAAUUAUAUCUGUGCUCAGCGACCAAACAUGUUUUAUUUAUUUAUUCAUUUCUUCCCAUCAUUUAUUUUACCAGAUGUAUUGAACGAUUGUGCGAUCUGCACAUCACCGCCAACAAUUUCACGGAAGCUGGUUUUACAGUUCUUAAGUAUGCUGAAUUGUUAGAGGUACUCAGAGGGUGACGGGAAGUGGAAUAUUAUGAUUAAGCUUAACGCAGGUUUUCCUUUCUUAACCAGAACAAAGAUGCUUAUACUUUAAUAACCCCGGUGUUAUUAAACUAGUACUACGUCUGAACAGGUUUCGGUUGAAAUGGCGAGUCCAUAUUCACAAGUAUUGUUGUUAAAUUCUUGUUUAAGAACCUGCAAAUUCAAAACUUAACUCAACAUUAGAAAAAGAUCUGCAAAAACCCAUUGGUCCCCUUGCUUUGAUAAAGUACUGUCAUGAAGCAGACCGCUGACCGCAUUUCAUCGUAUCGUGUUACCUCAAGUGUCGAAAAGGGAAGUUCAAUAGUCAGGCCCGUCACGACAGAUGUGGACGAUCAGAUUAACCAGACAAUACUAUAGGCCGUAUGACGGCGUGGGCAAGUGCGUUUUAGCGUGUCACUCUUGGGUUUGAGUUAACUCUUCACUGGUUUAACAGAUGGUGCGAAGGCGGACAAGAGAAUGGCUCUCAUAUAUCACUAUAAGUUAAGUUCGCCUUCUGGCCUGAAAUGGGGUGUUGAUCUUAUUAAUCGGUUAAGUCUGAUAAAGGUUAUGGUUUCUAUGGGACCAGGGUCUGGAAUUAGGUAUGGCUUUUUAUCAAUUGUCGGUUGUGUAUAGCGGUUAAAGUUUUUAAUAGGGUAGGAAAACUUACACUUGGGGUAGGAUUAGGGUGCGAAACGCAAAGCGUAGAGAUGCUAAACGAAAACUACCGUGAAAUUUCCUUGAAGUGUCAGUCUAAAUCUGCUUAAGAAUUAAUCAUAUUUUUUUGUUUCUUUUUUCAGUGGUCUGAUGUAGUGAUCAAAGACUCCCCUGAUGCACAAACGCAGUUUCAACUAAAGGAAAAGUUAUAUUUGGACGCUAUUGACUUCCUGGACAAAGGAAAGGUACUUGAUCUCCUUAUAAGAAAAUGGUAUGGUAUUGCGCCAAGGCUGUGUCUUCGGCAAAUGUAAAGAGUUCCAAACGAGCCAAUGUCUUCACCAAUACCGUAAACUGUCGCUUAUAAACUGCCCCCAGGUCCAACAAAGUGUGACAAAAAAUACAUCGGAUUAUAAGCUGCCCGGAUGUAAGGUCCCCUCUAAAUACACUGAAAUGAAUUCGUUUUAUUAUGACGUUUUAAAGCUUGAAACUUUGAUGAACACCGCUAUAGCUUGUUUCGAAGCACUCUCCCUAUGGUUGUAACUAGAAUGGAUACCUUAAAAUCAGGUUGGACACCUUAUGUUUAUUACACAACGCUACACUAAAUUUAUGCGAAUUUGUAGGGCACAUUUUUGAGAAAAGUGGGGAAAUCAGAGUAAGAGACAGUUGUGCAAGGAAAAUAGUUGAAUACAGGUUUUAGGACCGAAGUUCAGUGAUAAGGGUUAAGCACUGUUUCAAAAACGGUUGGCUUUCAAUAAUAUAAUGAUCAGUGCCAUGUGUAAAGUACAUUCAGAUUAAUCGGUGUCGGAAGUUAGCCCCUGAUGUUGUAGUGGAUACAGAUGUGGAUUAUACAUCAAAUGAUGCGUUUUCAAGUCUUACAUACUACCUACUGUUUUCUUCUGUUUUUCUUUCUUUUCUUAUUUGAGUGAAGAUGACAAUCUGACUUUGCGGUAUCCAUUCUAGUCACAAUCCUUUUCCUAUCCGGUUUUAAGCCCCCUCGGAUAAAAGCCCCCACCGUUUAUAAGCCCCCUUAAAACCCCGUACGAAGAUGAAUAAGCUCAGAGCUUAUAAGGGCGGCCGUUUACGGUAUUUCGUGUUGGUUAUUCAGUACCAUUUUAUGUGAUGUUGUAUCAGUUAGCCAGGAACAAGAGGACCGAGAGUGUGAGGGAAUACGUUCUGUUUUUCUGAACAAGAGCGUUAAAAUUUGCUACCCUAUUAGUGCUUCAUGAUUUUUUGUUUUUGUUGUUGUGUUUCAGACAUGGGAGAAGGCAAUUGAACUGUGUAAAGAGCUGGCUGAGCAGUACCAGUCAUAUCUCUAUGAUUACAUGAAGCUGGCCAAUAUCCUAGUAUGUAUAUUUAUUAUAUGGAGGAGAGUGUUUUACUGGGAACUAAACCACUCGUAGAUUCCAUACGCCACUUCAUCCGGGACCCGAGUGGCGUAUUUUCCGUAUGUCACCUUUGUGAGUGUUGUAUCGUUCAAUGACGUCACGAUUCCCGCCUUUUGCUUUUGUUGAAUUGGUUUCUCCAUAUAAUAAAAAGAACAUUCGAUAUGAAUUUUAUGUUCUCGUGGCAAGAACAAUAUCUCACUCGUUCGCUUCGCUCACUCGUGAGAUAUUGUUCUUGCCACUCGAACAUAAAAUUCAUAUCUUCUCGCCACCGUGUAAUAUCCUCUAUAUAUAGUUCAGGGCCCAGUUGUUCGAAGGCCGAUUAGUGCUAAACCUUAAAUUUUGACGCGGGUUUCUUUUUCUUUUGUUCAAAAGAAUUUUCCCAGAUUAUUUUCUCAAUUCUUUUUGGGCCAUCCAGUCAUCAACUUGUAGACAAAGAGAAUGAAACUGAUUUUGCUUUUUAAGCUUCGAUAUCUGAAUUCAAAUUUCGCACUAACCCUGGGUUAACUUAACCCUGCUUUGAACAACCCGGCCCAGGUUGUUGGUGAAUAGGCGAAGUUUUUAUGUGGAAGGUCCUAAUGCAGGUGCCAAAUGGUGCUGCUAGGUGUGAUGCGGAUAUGAGUCUAAUACUGUAAAAUUUUAUCCUUAACCGACUGUAACUAGCAAUUGUCAACCUUUCCUUUUCUGACUAGAAAAAGCAAGCCAAGUUCUUCGACAACAUCAUGAAGCAAGUCCGACCAGAACCCGAAUACUUCAGAGUUGGUUUUUAUGGCAAAGGCUUCCCGUCAUCAGUGAGGGUAAGUAUUCCGGUAAGUGAUUUGGGAGGGGGUGUGUGUGUGUUUGGGGGGGUGGGGGAGUGGUUCGGAGAGAGAAACUAGGCUGAUGUAGACGCUGGAGAGCAGGUGAAGCCACGUCUUUUCUGUUUUGUAUGUCACUGGUUCUUUAUCUGGCUUGGGUUACUGGAAAGACGGUAAAAGAAAUUGCAAACAUUUUUGUUCGUGUUUUUUGUUUGACUUUUUAGAGAAACGUGUAACUGGAACUUAUAAGAUAUCGAGCGCUUACCAUUUGUACGGAAAUUUCCGCGGUGAAAAUUUUCCGAAAAAUUUUUAUUUUUGUUUCUAUAGCCUUAUUUCGCUUUAUUUUCGGAAGAUUAAACAAUUUCGACGUCCACUUGUAUCGGGAUUUACUUAGCUCGUCAGCUAAUUUAUAAAGCGGUGCACGGCUCAUGCAAAAAUUUUUCUGGCCAUCAUUCUUCAAUAAUUGUUUCGCUGACAAAAUCGUCCCACCAAGCUCUAGUCCGCUUGUUUAACUUCCGUCCGACAUGGAGAGAAGCCUCAUAACGUGGAGCAUCCGUUUGGCGUAAUUGAAGUGUACAUUAAUUAUGCUAGGUUGAACUGCACAUAGGUUAUAAGACUUGAAACUGAAGUCCAAAUAGUAAAGAAACGAUGACAUUGCGCGCGGCACCAUCUUGAAUAUUGACGGUAAAAAACUGGGCUCGAUCUUGUUACGUCACCGGAUAAAAAAUAUCCGGAUUUAGCGUACACACGAUUCCGGAUUCGUAGCGUGUUCAAAAAUUUCCACUCUGGAGAGCAGCUUCAAAAAGUUGCAGAUUCGUUUUCCGCCUGGAUUCACCGGAUACGUGUGGACGGAGCCUUUGUUUGUUUCCUAUUUCUGGUACCGAAAAAAAAUAGUGGCAUUGAGUUGUACGACUAACAAAUACCCCUUAAUAUUUCGAAAAUUUCGUUCAUUUCGGUUAAAGGGGAACAAGGUAACACCACAGAAGGUGCUGCUUUUUUCCUGAAAAAGCCUUCAUCCUUUACAAAGAGACCCAGUCUUCUAAACCCAAAAUAACAGCUCACAACAUUCUAUGAGAAAGCGAAGCCAAUCGUGUGGCCUGAAUUUUCAGCCUUGGUUCAAGGUAAUGACUGGCUUUUGAUCGACUAGGCCGCGUUUAAAACACGUCAUCUUUGUAUUUCUAGGCAAAACAGUUAUUUCCUAAAGACUUGUAACUAUUGUUUUUUCGUUUUCCUCUACAGGACAAAGCGCUCGUGUAUCGAGGUCAAGAGUACGAGAGAAUUGGUUCGUUUAACCAGAGAAUGCAAGCGCAGUUCGCAGAUGCACAGGUGUGAAUGACAGUCAACAACUGUGGUUUAAUGAGUUGACUCUUUCUCUUUACUAAGAUGUCUCAGAUUAGAUUGAAACUAGUCGCCCCAUGUAAGAGAAUCCAUAACAGUCUUGGAUUCUGGAUUCCACAUAUUGGAUUCCGGAUUCCAGGUUCUAGAUUCCAGGUGCUGGAUUCCAGUGUUUGUCAGUGGAACUUCGACUCUAACUCCCAAUCGUUAGGGGGAUUUCUGAUUCCUUGAGCUCUACUCCGUAUUCCCAAGUCCAGGAUUUCAGAUUCCACAAGUAAAAUUCUUCCGCAUUCCGGAUUGCGCAAGUAAAAAUUUCCCGGAUUCUGGAAUACGGAUUCCCUUACAUGGGGCGAAAAAAAGGCUUAGCUGGUUGCUCAACGGGUUAGUUUGUUGCUUAUUUGUUACUUAACAGGGAAUUCCAUUCACAAAAUUAACAAGCCUUAAUAAAUUUGUAAAGUUUUACGCUGGUGUGCGCGUUGUUUCGUCUUGCAGAUGAUGGAUAAGAACACCCCUCCAGAAGACGACGUCCUGGAAUCUGACAAACAAUGUAUCCUUUUACGUAGCUUUUGGAGACAGUUCCUUUCGUGGAAGAGCUGAAGGCUGCCUCUCUGCACCGUAACUGUGGUUAUGCUGGCACAAUUUGAUCCCACUGCAGCCCCUUCCUUAGGAGGUCGUCUUCCUUUCCUUUCUCCUGUUUCCUGCGUGGCUGGCGGUUUUGUUGAGGGGGGUGGGGGGGGGGGCUGCUGGGAGAGGGGAAGGGGCAAUGGCGAGCGGCGAAACGUUCACGUUCGCAGCUGUGGUGCCCAUUUGCGCGCUCGGCAGACAAAACCGCCAGCUACGCUGGCAACGAUUCGUUGGUCAUUUCAAUUAAAACUGCUGAGCGCUAUUUUCCCACUCUCUUGUGUAGCUCUGUGGUUCUUUUGUUUUGUGAUUGUCACCAAAGUCCUAAAGCGCGUUUAUUAAUUCCCCUGUGUCGUGUCCUUGUGUUUCAACCUUGACUUUUAUCAGACCUACAAUGUUGUCGAGUUAUUCCCAUCUCAGAACACGAGGAGAGAUUUAUCGGGAAAGCAGUUGAUGACAAGAUAGCUGGGUGAGUGAUAAGUGUCUGGGUCCAUGUUAAAAAAUGGACAGUGCUAUCGACUUUUGGUGACCCGAAUGGCUAUAUUGCGUAACAUGGCUGAAUUUGGCUAUACUGCGUGAAUUUGGCUAUACUAUUUGCUUAUUUUUAGGUAUUAUCGUGACACAAACGUUUCCUGUUUUGUAAUAAACUCUUUGCUUUGCAGAAUUUUGAUUUACUGCUUGUCAUAUUUGUUUAUUUUUUCCCGGUAUUAUCAAAAUGAGGUGAAUGACGUCAAACGCUUUAUUUUGUCCACCAGAUUCACUUGAUGCCAUUGUUUACAG